AUGGAGAAAUAUGUGAUAUGGGCAAUGCUUUUGCCAGCCAUUUUGAUAGCUUAUGUUAAAACUGGUUAUUUUGAAAAAAAUAAAAAGAUUAUCGAAGAAUAUGAGGCGAAAGAGGAUCAGCCAUACCGAACUGGAUUCCAUUUUCAACCUCCCAAAAACUGGAUGAAUGAUCCAAAUGGACCAAUGUACUACAAUGGAGUAUACCAUUUUUUCUAUCAAUACAAUCCACAUGGUGCAACAUGGGAUAACGGUAACCUUUCAUGGGCCCACUCAGUUUCUUACAACCUCAUUGACUGGACCCACAUCGAGCACGCCCUUGUUCCGACCGAGCCCUACGACCUCCGAGGCUGCUGGUCGGGUUCCGUCACGAUCCUCCCUAGCGACAACACGCCCGUCAUUUUCUAUACAAGCAUUAGCCACGGAGGCGAGGAGGUGCAAAAUAUUGCAAUGCCGACCGACACGUCCGACCCCUUUCUGAGGGAGUGGGUAAAAUCUCGGCAUAAUCCCUUGAUAACACCGCCCUCCGACAUAGACCCGAGAUCCUUUAGGGACCCCACGACCGCCUGGCAAAAGACAGACGGGACGUGGUGUGUCCUGAUUGGGAGCCAGCUAGGCAGUGACGGAGCCGGGAUUUUGUACAGGAGUCGCGACUUCAUUAGCUGGAGCAGGGGAGAUAGCCCCCUGCACAUGUCGAAUAGGACAGGAAUGUGGGAGUGUCCUGAUUUUUACCCUGUUAGUACUAGUGGUGGUGAUGGACUCGACACGUCGACCAAUGGGGAAGAUGUGUUGCACAUCCUGAAGGCGAGCUUCAGUGGCCGCGAUGACUAUGUUGUGGGAACUUAUGAUCCCGAGACGGAUGAAUUUAAUGUUGUCGGGGUUGAUUUCAUGGACGAUCAAGUCCAAUUGAGGUAUGAUUACGGAAAUUUUUACGCGUCUAAAUCGUUCUACGACACGGCCAAGAAACGGAGGGUGCUGUGGUCGUGGAUACUCGAGGGUGAUAGCGAAGCAAAUAGCAUCGAAAGGGGGUGGUACGGCUUACAAGCAUUGCCAAGAAGUGUUUUGCUUCACAAAGAUCAUAGACAGUUAAUACAAUGGCCUAUUGAAGAAGUUGAACAACUUCGUUAUGGAAAAGUUAUGUUAGAUAAUGAAGAGAUCGAGAGUGGGAAAGUGUUAGAACUUUUAGGUAUCACAGCUUCACAGGCUGAUGUUGAAGUCUCAUUUCGUGUUUCAAAUCUAGAUGGGGUCGAGCUGAUGGAUGAAGGAUUGCUCGACCCCCAACUCGCUUGCAUCCAAAACAAUGCAUCCGUGAACGGAGUUUUGGGGCCGUUCGGUCUCCUAGCCCUGGCUUCAGAGGACUUGACCGAACAAACUGCUGUCUUCUUUCGAGUUUUCAAGGGCCGCGAGAAGCACGUCGUGCUCAUGUGUAGUGACCAAAGCAGAUCUUCGCUAAAAACGCAAGUCAAAGACCCGAUUUACGGGUCAUUUCUCGAUAUGGAUCCCAAUGAGGAAAUCUCAUUGAGAACUUUGAUUGAUCAGUCGAUAAUAGAGAGUUUUGGGGGGAAGGGGAAGAGUUGCAUCACUGCAAGAGCAUAUCCAGCAUUGGCCAUCUCCGAAAACUCUCACGUUUAUGUGUUCAACAAUGGCGCUAAGAGCGUUGGUGUUUCGAGUCUUAGCGCUUGGAGCAUGAAAAAUGCUCGAUUCUCGCAAGAAGGAAGCUCGUGGUUGGCCUCGGAGUAGCUCCACAUUAAAGAGGUGUUGGUGUCCAUUCUACCAAUUUGCGUCGACCUUCCUAUUGCAAAAAAAAUUAUGUCUGCAAACCAAAUGAAUGGUAUCAACUAUCAAGUAAUAUUUCAAAUUUUGGUUACUCCCAAAGUGUUGUACUGUCAUUUAUGAUUUAUGAAUGAAUGGAUAAGAACACACAAUACGUAUUAGUAAUACACCAAAGCAUGGGAUGAAUAAUACUCCCUAUUCUGAA